CUGCAUUUGGUCUUCUGGUGUGGCGCGCGACGAACGUUGUUUUGGGUUCCCUCUACUUUCUGCCCAGCAACACAAACUUUUACUUCAUCUUCACUUCAGACUCCUGUCUGCUGCACUUCACUUCACUUCCGACGCUUCCCCAGCCCAGCACUUUAAACAUCCCUCCAGGCAACAUGUUCAAAUCUCUGUUCGAGUCCGCGCAGAACUCAACGUUCAGGUCGCCGUUCACCAGCGUCAACUGCCAGGCUGCCAGUCCUGCCUCCUCCUCCGACCUUGCACUCGCUAAUGUGGCAACACCAGCAGUGACAUCCCUCGACGAUGUCUCACCACGCAAGCAUAGCCCCAACCACAACUUUGCUGCCGCUGCCGCAGCUCCUCUGGGUGAUUCCUGCGAAUUCGGCUCGAACAAAUACUUCCUGCUGUGCGGAUUGGGUGGCAUCAUCUCCUGUGGCUCCACACACACCAUGGUAGUGCCAUUGGACUUGGUCAAGUGUCGCCUGCAGGUGGAUCCGGCCAAGUACAAGAGUGUGUUCAAUGGCUUCCGUGUCAGUUUGGCCGAGGAGGGUGUCCGUGGCCUGGGCAAGGGCUGGGCACCCACCUUCAUCGGCUACUCCAUGCAGGGCCUGUGCAAGUUCGGCCUGUACGAGGUCUUCAAAGUCAUUUACGGUGAUGCCAUUGGCGAGGAGAACGCCUUCCUGUACAGAACCGGACUGUACUUGGCCUCCUCGGCCUCCGCUGAGUUCUUCGCUGACAUUGCCCUGGCGCCAAUGGAGGCGGCCAAGGUCAAGAUUCAGACCACGCCCGGAUUUGCCAAGACGCUGCGCGAGGCACUGCCCAAGAUGACGGCCCAGGAGGGCAUUGGUGCCUUCUACAAGGGUCUGGUGCCGCUCUGGAUGCGACAGAUUCCCUACACCAUGAUGAAGUUCGCCUGCUUUGAGCGCACCCUCGAGCUGCUGUACAAGUAUGUGGUGCCCAAGCCACGUGCCGACUGCACCAAGGGCGAACAGCUGAUUGUGACCUUCGCCGCUGGCUACAUUGCCGGUGUCUUCUGUGCCAUUGUCUCGCAUCCCGCUGACACAGUGGUCUCCAAGCUGAACCAGGCCAAGGGCGCCUCCGCGCUGGAUGUGGCCAAACAGCUGGGCUGGGCUGGACUCUGGGGUGGACUGGUGCCUAGGAUUGUGAUGAUCGGCACCCUGACUGCCGCGCAAUGGUUCAUCUAUGAUGCCGUGAAGGUGACACUCCGCAUGCCACGUCCUCCACCACCAGAAAUGCCCGAAUCCCUGAAGAAGAAGUUGGGCGUGACUGGCGAGCAGUAAGCCACAACACGUUUAUGGAUUGGUGCCACUUGUUAACAUUUGUAUAGAUAAACCACGGAAUAAAUAAAAA